AUGAGAUAUCAGACCCCCUGGCACCCUAAACAUAAAGUCCCUAUCGUGGAUGGGAGAUUUCAGGAUCCCAGGACGGGAGAAAUCCGGCAAAACACCCGGACAGAUACAUUUCUUGGUCCUCCUUUGGUCCACGUGACGUGGUUCAACAUUCAUGGCAAUUCCACGUUUCGAAGUAUCGGAGCUACGUUCGCCGCUUCAAUCGACGAUAUGUUCGUCAGCAUUGCUGAUCAUGUGAGAGGAAACGUUUACAGCAUUACCAGUAUGAACGCAACCUUAUACUCGGUGACCGUUGUUUGUUCGACCGAGAAGUCGGAUGUCGAGAUUGGGGGUGUAAUUCAAGACCUGCAACAGCAUUUGAACAAGGAUGUAGUGACUCCAGAGGAAGAACUGGCAGCCUUGCGAGCAUGGAAAGAAUCCAAUGAAUCCAUUGAGAAUGCGUUGCCAGAAGAGAGCGAGGGGCCCAAUGCUUAA